GUCGUUCUUCCGUCGCCAUUUUUGCUGUGGCGUACCCGUGGUGCAGCGUCUCUCUGUUCGAACUGCGCCGAACCGCGGAACAUUUCAAACCUCCGGCGGAAUGACUGGCGGGGCCGACUACCACAAGAGCUACGCCGGCAGCAGGAAGGACUCCGACCCCGGCAUGGACCUGGACAUGGACCACGGUCACAUGGAGAGCGAGCGCGGGGAUCUGGACAGCAGCAUCCCGGCGACGUGCUCCUCCAACGGCAGCGGCGGGGAGGAGGACGAGGCGGAGGCCCCCAGCCGGCCCAGAGAAGCCCGGGGCUCGGGUAGCCAGCGCUCCCGGGACGGAGGCGGAAUGCUCGGCUGCAGGGAGCAGGAGGUGUCGGUGGAGAUCGGGGAAACGUAUUUAUGUCAAAGGGCUGACAAGACGUGGCACACGGCAGAAGUGAUCCAGUCCAGGCUAAACGAGCAGGAAGGCCGGCAGGAGUUUUAUGUUCACUAUGUGGGAUUUAACAGGCGUCUGGAUGAGUGGGUGGGCAAAUCCCGCCUGGCUCUGACCAAGACGGUGAAGGACGCGGUGAGGAAGAGCACGGAGAUCGGAGGCCUGGGAGAUCUGGGCGAUCAACCGGAGAGGAAGAUCACCCGAAACCAGAAGCGCAAACACGAUGAGAUCAACCAUGUGCAGAAGACGUACGCAGAGAUGGACCCGACCACGGCGGCGCUGGAGAAGGAGCACGAGGCGAUCACUAAAGUCAAAUACGUGGAUAAGAUCCAGAUCGGGAACUUUGAGAUCGACGCCUGGUACUUCUCUCCGUUCCCAGAGGACUACGGGAAGCAGCCCAAGCUGUGGAUCUGCGAGUACUGCCUGAAGUACAUGAAGUACGAGAAGACGUUCCGGCACCACCUGUCGCACUGCCAGUGGAAGCAGCCUCCAGGGAAAGAGAUCUACAGGCGGAGCAACAUCUCGGUGUACGAGGUGGACGGACGGGACCACAAGAUCUACAGCCAGAACCUGUGUCUGCUGGCCAAGCUGUUCCUGGACCACAAGACGCUGUACUUCGACGUGGAGCCGUUCAUCUUCUACAUCCUGACGGAGGUCAACCGGCACGGCGCGCACAUCGUGGGCUACUUCUCCAAGGAGAAGGAGUCUCCGGACGGGAACAACGUGGCGUGCAUCCUCACCCUGCCGCCGUACCAGCGCCGCGGCUACGGCAAGUUCCUCAUCGCCUUCAGCUACGAGCUGUCGAAGCUGGAGAGCACGGUGGGCUCUCCGGAGAAGCCGCUGUCCGACCUGGGGAAGCUGAGCUACAGGAGCUACUGGUCCUGGGUCCUGCUGGAGAUCCUGCGAGACUUCAGGGGAACGCUGUCCAUCAAAGACCUCAGCCAGAUGACCAGCAUCACGCAGAGCGACAUCAUCAGCACGCUGCAGUCGCUCAACAUGGUGAAGUACUGGAAGGGCCAGCACGUCAUCUGCGUCACGCCCAAGCUGGUGGAGGAGCACCUGAAGAGCGCCCAGUACAAGAAGCCGCCCAUCACAGUGGACACCAUGUGUCUGAAGUGGGCGCCGCCCAAAACCAAGCAGGUCAAACUGUCCAAGAAGUGAGAGCAGAGCGCAGAGCGCCCCCUCCUGUACAUAGCUGUUUACUAUCCUGUCUGUAUUUUCUUAAAAUAAAGUUUGGAUGAAACGAC